AAAGAAAUUACAUCCUCUUCACAUUGACAAGCGUACCAAGUUUGUUCAUUUCCUACCGUUGUCUCACCCGUAUACAGCUUUCAAAAUGGCUUUGCUGUACAUGACAAACAUCUAUAAAGGGCAUGGGUUCCGUGGAGCAAUCGUGUCUGAUUGCAACGUACCCAGUCUUUACCAUCCACUUCUCGUAGGAAUUGUUCAAAUAUGCUGGUAUGGAGCUGCGCCUGAGUACUGCCAAGCACCCGUAGACGGAUGGACAAACCGAACGAGUCAAUCAAUGCCUCGAGACCUAUCUCAGGUGGUUCACUCAAUCCUGCCCCAAGAGCUGGAGUUUUUGGAUCCCACUAUCUCAAUUUUGCUUGGUUGCACGAACGAGGGGUGAUCCAAGACCUCCUGCAACAACAUCUGAACAGAGCUAACGAACACAUCAAAGCUCAGGCUGCCAAACAUCGGUCACCAUGGACCUUCUCUGUUGGCGGCGAGAUCAUCAGCAAGGUCAACGAUGUGGCAUUCAAGCUAGACCUACCUCAUCAAGCUCAAGUGCAUCCGGUCUUCCACGUCUCCGAGUUGAGACGCUAUGUGAAACUGGGUACACCCAUUUCUUCUGCACUUUCUGUGCAUUCUCACAUUCCUGCGGUACUAGUGAAGGUUCUCCAAUCCAGAUGGCGUAAGAAACACGGUGCAAUGGUGGAGCAGGUUCGCGUCCGUUGGUCCAAUGAGGCUUCCAUGGACGAGACAUGGGAGGAUAAGAUCGACCUUCAGGCACGGUUCCCCUCAAACACUUCUGUUGAGAAGUUAUAUUUAGUUGAAAAAAUAAUUAUUUGAAAGAAAAAUUUAAAAGAAUUAAAGAAGAGGAGAUGAAAUUGAAGUUGUAUGUUGUCGAUGCCGUCGAUGAUGACAAGAUUAAGGUGGAUGCAAUGCGCUUGAAGAUUGCAAAGAUUAAAAAAAUAUCAUUAAUAAAAAGGCUUGGUAUCAUUAUGUUGUUUGAUCAAUUAUUACCUUACUUGUGAUUUUGAUCGCAUUUGUUGUUGCAUUUAAAUGCUUUAAAUAGUUGUAUAUGUUUUAUGAG